AUGACUGGUCAUCAGUCAGUCUUGACUCCACAAGUCAUUCGGAGUUUGAGUGACAAGGUUUAUGAGAAACGUAAAGCUGCUGCAAUCGAAAUCGAAAAAUUGGUUCGUGAUGCUCUGAUUGCAAACGAUAGUGCACGCAUUGGCUCCAUUCUUAUGGUUUUGGCUCAUGAAUUCGCUUAUUCUAUCGUACCCAACACUCGAAACGGUGGUCUUAUUGGUCUUGCUGCUGCUGCGAUCGCUCUUGGUCCUGCAAUCGAUUCUCAUUUAAUGGAUAUUGUUCCUCCAAUGUUGGCAUGCUUUUCUGAUCAAGACUCGCGUGUGCGAUAUUAUGCUAGCGAAGCUUUAUACAACGUAUGCAAGGUUGCUCGUGCAAGUAUUUUGAUAUAUUUCAAUGAAAUAUUCGAUGCACUAUGCAAGCUUUCUGUUGACCAAGAAUCAUCAGUAAAAUCUGGUGCAGGUCUUCUUGAUCGAAUUAUCAAGGAUAUUGUAUCAGAACUUGAUAGCACAAGUCAUCCUCUUUCGGUAUCUCCUGUUUCUAAAAUAUUUCCUCCUGUUCCUGGAACAACCUCACUGCGUCCUGGAAUGUCACCUACCUCCUUCAAUCUACCACGAUUUAUCCCUUUAUUGGCAGAACGGAUUUAUGUCGUGACUCCGGCUGCACGCAUUUUUCUUGUUCAGUGGAUUUACCUUCUUAGUUCCAUUCCAGAUUUGGAAUUGAUAUCCUAUCUUCCCGAAUUUUUAGAUGGACUAUUUCGAUUUUUGAGUGAUCCAAAUGUGGAUGUUCGUACCGCAACUCUCAAUGUGCUCGUGGAGUUUUUAAAAGAGCUUCGUGAUAUUGUUCAGGUUCAACGGGAACAAGGCAUUCUUCAAUUUGGACCUGAAAAGGAACUGCCAGCCUUGGCUCACUCCACACCUAUUGCCAGCGAUUCAACAGAAACACCUGCACAACAGUCUAGUCAAGUUUCUGCCGAUAAAUCGUCCCAGUCUAUGACGUUGAAUCCUUCAAGCGUUCCUUAUAUUCCUGGUCAGGGUGUAUCCCUUGAUUUUGGGAAAAUGACGCAUAUUCUGGUACCUCAUCUGUCUAGUCAAGAUGAGGAAACCCAAGCCACUGCACUACGAUGGAUCAACGAGUUUAUACUGCUUGCAAAAGACACAAUGAUUCCAUUUAUGCCACUUAUUCUCCAGUCCAUUUUACGUACACUUUCGCAUUCUGUGAUAGCUAUUCGCAAUAUGGCUAUUGAAACCAACUCUACUCUUUACGCGUUGGUUUUGGGAUGGUCUGGAAACAUAACCACAUCAUCUGCAGAUUCAACACAUGAUCAAAGCUUGUCAAGCGGAGGCAAACCAGAUGCAGUCGCACAUUUGAAAAAUACACCAUUUUGUUCUUCUCGUUUAGAGCUGGACGUCUCUGCAUGUGUAAAUAUACUAACGCUUUUGUUUCAAGAUGAAAUGGAGUAUACCAGAGCUGCUGCUAUUGACUGGUUGACAAUGCUUCAUAAAAAGGCUCCGGAAAAGGUCAUGCACUCAUCCGAUCAACGAACAUUUCAAGCCUUACUAGGAACUUUGUCGGAUUUGUCCGAGGAAGUGGUUAAACGUGAUUUGCAACUUUUAGCACAAAUUUCCCAUUAUUCAGACGAUCAAUAUUUUACCAAUUUCAUGGAUAAUCUUCUUACAUUGUUUUCAUCAGAUCGACGCCUGCUGGAGACUCGAGGAAACCUUAUUAUUCGUCAACUAUGCUUUAGUCUCAAUCCCGAACGAAUGUAUCGAAGCUUUGCAGAGUUGAUUGAAAACGAACAAGAUAUUGAGUUUGCUAGCACUAUGGUUCAAAAUCUGAAUUUGAUUUUGGUUACUUCUCCAGAACUAUCGGAACUUCGUCGUCGUUUAAAAAAUCUGGAUUCUAAAGAUGGAUCUGCACUGUUUGCAACACUAUAUCGUUCAUGGUGUCACAAUGCAGUUGCAGUACUGUCAUUGUGUCUUUUGGCACAGGCAUACGAACAUGCUUCCCAUCUUGUUAGUUCCUUUGGCGAUCUAGAAAUCACUGUCCCGUUUCUUGUUCAAAUCGACAGACUUGUUCAGCUUUUGGAAUCUCCUGUUUUUACCUAUCUACGCCUUCAACUACUUGAACCUGAUUGUCAUCCUCAUCUUUUCAAGUGCCUUUAUGGAGUUCUGAUGCUACUGCCUCAGAGCAGUGCAUUUGCCACGCUUCGCAAUCGUCUUAGUAGUGUUGGCCCGCUGAUAUCAUUGUAUAACACACCGAAUGGUGGAUCGACAUCGACUUCAGGAACGUCAUCUCAAAACCAGCAUCAUCAGGAUUUUGGUAUUCGCUGGCAAGAUCUUAUUGCUCAUUUUCGAAAUAUCCAGCAUCGACAAGAACGAAGUCGUCGUCAAGGUAUAUGUAAUUUGGAUUCAUUUUCUGAUAUGGAACGUAAGUUUUAA